CGGCACUGCUGGCGUUGGCGCAACCGCCCUGCGUCAUCCAACCCCGUUGUUCGACUUCAUCCGACAAUACUCCGUCCUUCGUACACUACACUGACGAAACCUUCCGACCUCCGUACCAUCGCGGCCUCCGACCUCGACAGCGACAGCGUCACCGGAUUCUGCUUAAAUUCUAGACACACGACCGACGACCGUAUUCCGCGUUCGCAGCUAAAGAACCCUAGAUUAAUCCGUAAUUUACUCGGAGGCGACCCCGGCGCCAUCCACAGCCGUCGCCAUGGGCGCUCUCCUCUCGAUACCGCUGAUGGCGGUUCCCAGCUUGAGCACCCUCCUAUCCUUUGGGGCCAGCUGCUGCGGCGCCGCGACCUGCUCCAUGGUGUGCAGUGCAUGUGGAAAAUGCGGGAACAGCGUCGCGACUCGCAUCGGAUACGCCCUCAUACUUCUGAUCAACUCGAUCUUAUCGUGGAUCAUGCUCACCAAGUGGGCCAUCGAGAAGCUCCAACACCUGAUGCUCGACUACGUCAAGAUCAAAUGCGGCGACGGCGACUGUUACGGCUGGCUGGCCGUUCACCGCAUCAACUUUGCCCUCGGCGUCUUCCACCUCGUGCUUGCCGGUCUCAUGCUGGGCGUCCGCUCCUCCAAGGACCCGCGUGCCGCCAUCCAGAACGGCUUCUGGGGUCCCAAGAUCAUCGCCUGGCUGGCCCUGAUCGUGCUCACCUUCUUCAUCCCGGACACCUUCUUCCAGUUCUGGGGCAACUACGUGGCCAUGGUCUGCGCCAUGCUGUUUCUGAUUCUCGGCCUGAUCCUGCUCGUCGACCUGGCUCACAACUGGGCCGAAUACUGUCUGAGGCAGAUUGAGGACAGCGACUCCAAGACCUGGCGCGUCAUCCUGAUCGGCUCGACACUCGGCAUGUACAUUGCCUCCAUCGCCAUGACCGUUGUGCAGUACGUCUUCUUCGCCUCGACCGGUUGCUCCAUGAACCAGGCCGCCAUCACCAUCAACCUCCUCCUGUGGAUCAUAGCUUCGGCCAUCUCCGUCCACCCGACCGUCCAGGAACACAACCCGAAGGCCGGCCUCGCCCAGGCCGCCAUGGUUGCCGUCUACUGCACCUACCUGACCAUGUCGGCCGUGUCCAUGGAGCCGGACGACACCGAGGACCACCGCUGCAACCCGCUCAUCCGCGGCCAGGGCACGCGCACCACCACCAUCGUCGUCGGCGCCAUCGCCACCAUGAUCACCGUCGCCUACACCACCACCCGCGCCGCCACCCAGAGCCUCGGGCUCGGCUCCAGCGGCCGCGGCCACAUCCGCCUCCCGGACGGCGAAGCAGACUACGAGCACGACCUGGUGACCCAGCAACCCUCGGCCCGCAAACAGAUGCGCGCCGAAGCGCUCCGCCGUGCCGUCGAGGAGGGCAGCCUCCCCGCCAACGCUCUGCUGUCCGAAGACGACGACGACGCCGACGACGAGGACAGCUCCGGCGCCCACGACGACGAGCGCUCCAGCACGCAGUACAACUACGCCGUGUUCCACGUCAUCUUCUUCCUGGCUACCGCCUGGGUGGCCACGCUGCUCACCAUGGACUGGGACGACAGCCGGCGGGACGCCGACUUUGCCACAGUCGGCCGCACCCUCUGGGCCAGCUGGGUCAAGAUCGUCAGCUCCUGGGUGUGCUACGCCAUGUAUGUCUGGACGCUGAUCGCGCCCGUCUUGAUGCCAGACCGGUUUGACUUUGAGUAGCGGGUCGGGAUUGAUUUGCUCUGGCGGCUGUUGUUCGGACGAUUUGGGCGGUUGGGUGUUGGUUUUAUGGGCCAUGCUUUAUAACGGGGCCGGGCUGGCGCUUUGCAUUCCGUGGUUGUUUUUUCUUUUUUUCUUUGUUCAUCGGUCUCCGUCAAGCCCUGUGUUGUGUU